CGGAAGGCAUCAAAUGUACCUCCUGCCUAGCAUGGUUGCAUUUCUAUUGUGCUGAAUUGACGGAAUUAGACUUUAAGAAAAUUUUACCUAUGAACAGAAUAAAAUGGAAGUGUUCUGCAUGUAAGACUAAAAGGAAAGCUGCGCCCUCGGCGACCACCUCACCAACAUUUCCCAUGGGUUCGCCCUUGAAUGUGGAUACGGAGGCUUUGACAAAAUAUAUGGACUCAAAAUUUGCAAACUUAAGUCAACAGUGGCGUGAUGAUCUUAACUCUGCUAUCUUGGAGGUUUCGCGAACAUUCAGGAACGAUAUAAGCGCCCUAGAAAAUCGCAUGAGCACAUGGGAAGAAAGGGUAGCUCAAGUAGAAUCAGCGGCUGUCAUGAGCUCCUCUACCCUGCCAUCCAACUACAUAGAAGAAAAUGCGUCACUACGUCACGAGCUUGAAACCUUGCGUAACAGGCUCGACCACUUCGAUCAAGCCUCUAGAAAUUGCAACGUUGAGAUUCAAAAUGUGCCCGAAAGUAAAGGCGAAAACCUUAUGCAGCUCUCUUUUGCACUCAGCAACAUUUUAAACGUCGAAUUAAAAGACUCUGACAUAAAAACUGUACACCGCGUUGCGCCUGGUGUACCUGCGGGUCGCCCAAAAAAUAUUAUACUGCAGUUGACAACUCGCAGAAAACGUGAUGAUUUUAUCGCGGCCGCGCGUGUGCGUGGCACUCUAUCAGUUGAUCAAUUGCUUGGUGGAUCUGCGGCAGUGUCUGGUGUUACAAACAAUAAUCGAUUCUACGUCAAUGAGCACCUUACCCUGAAAAAUAAAAUACUUUUCAGUAAGGUCAGGCAACUCGCUAAGGAAAAAGGGUACAAGUAUGUAUGGGUAAAAAACCUUUGUAUGUUUGUCAGAAAAACUGAUGAAGCUAAAGCCAUCCAAGUGCGAUCCAAUGAUGAUCUAGCCAAAUUAGUAUGACUAUAUUCCCGUUUGUAUAGCUUACAU